UACCCUGACCAAACCCCAAUAAUCCCUCCCAUAAAAAUCUAUAUCGUCUCUCUCCCUCUCUCCCUCUCUCACACGGUCGAAGUAAUGGCUCUGCAAGUAUGGGAGACUCUCAAGGAGUCAAUUACAGCAUACACGGGUGUAUCUCCGGCAGCCUUCUUUACAAUUUUGGCUCUGAUGUGGGCCGUGUACUAUGUGGUGUCGGGGUUCUUUGGGUCACCUGAUCAACAUCAUCAAGAGAGGUCCAAAAGCUUCGAGGAGCAGAUGGAGCCCCUGCCGCCUCCCGUCCAGCUCGGCGAGGUAACGGAAGAGGAGCUCAAGCAGUACGAUGGCUCCGAUCCUAAGAAUCCUUUGCUCAUGGCUAUCAAGGGCCAGAUCUAUGAUGUUUCACAGAGCAGGAUGUUCUAUGGACCUGGGGGGCCUUAUGCAUUGUUUGCCGGGAAGGAUGCAAGCAGAGCCCUCGCUAAGAUGUCUUUUGAAGACGCAGACUUGACUGGGGAUAUAUCUGGUCUUGGUCCAUUUGAAUUGGAGGCAUUGCAGGACUGGGAAUACAAGUUCAUGAGCAAGUAUGUUAAGGUUGGAACUAUUAAGAAGGAUAUUCCAGUAGCUGAUGGAGCCUCUUCAGAAGAACCUGCAGCCCCUACAGAACACGAUGCAGCUAAGCCUGCAGAACAUGAAGCAGUCAAGCCUUCUGAGAACGGACCAUCAGAAACUGCAACCGCUGGAGCUGAGGAGACCACUUCGGGUGGUGAUGUUAAAGAGGAGUAAUUGCUUAUGGAUCAAAGAAGCAUACCUGCCAAUUGGGAAGAAGAUUUCUGAAGGAUAUGUGCCAAGAUAGCGUCCAAAAAAGAGUAAAGUAGCGGGUUCUUGAUCUAGUUUCACAUAUAUUAAGCUUUUAGUCUAGAAUAGUCAGCGCACUUGCUUCCUUUGGUGUUAAUUUUGCUAUAUAAUAAAUUGGCAUGUUAAGCUCGUGCUACUUAGUUUUUGAAUGCAGUUGCUAUAUAAUAAAUUGGCAUGUUAAGCUCGGGCUAUUUAGUUUUGGACUGCAGUUGUUUUCUAGUUUUGCUAUUGUAUUACCUUAUGGCAUGAUUGCAUUAUGGAAUUAUUGAAAAAUUCUGGGGA